CAAAUAACUAUAGAACACAAUAGAGUCCUCCUCCCUUCCUCUCGUUCUCUCUCUUUUUUUUUUUUUCUUUUCCUUUUCCUGCCUCCAAACGCCUCCUUCGAGGCUGAAGCUGGGCAGGUCUCCAAAGGUGCAGCAGCCACAGCAAUCCCGCAGUUCAAAGUUAAGCAACAGUUGCGCAACUUUCAGCAGCUCCCUUCAGGUGGAUACUAAUGAGCUGAAAGCCAGGAGCAUCUGAGGAGGUGAAGAGGAAGCUUCCAGGUCUCUUCCCUUCACCCUAGAAAUCCAGAUAUCUCCCCCAUCCCCAGAGAACUUUGAGAUACUGUCCUUGCUGUUCGCUGGCCUGGCGGGCCAUGGCUCCCUUUGGAAGGAACUUGCUAAAGACUCGGCAUAAAAACAGAUCUCCAACUAAAGACAUGGAUUCAGAAGAGAAAGAAAUUGUGGUUUGGGUUUGCCAAGAAGAGAAGAUUGUCUGUGGGCUAACCAAACGCACCACCUCUGCUGACAUCAUCCAGGCUUUGCUUGAGGAACACGAGACUACAUUUGGAGAGAAACGAUUUCUUCUGGGGAAGCCCAGUGAUUACUGCAUCAUAGAAAAGUGGAGAGGCUCUGAACGGGUUCUUCCCCCACUAACAAGAAUCCUGAAGCUUUGGAAAGCAUGGGGAGAUGAGCAGCCUAAUAUGCAAUUUGUUUUGGUUAAAGCAGAUGCUUUUCUUCCAGUUCCCUUGUGGCGGACAGCUGAAGCCAAAUUAAUGCAAAACACAGAAAAACUGUGGGAGCUCAGCCCAGCAAAUUACAUGAAGACGUUACCACCAGAUAAGCAAAAGAGAAUAGUCAGAAAAACUUUCCGGAAACUGGCUAAAAUUAAGCAGGACACAGUUUCCCAAGAGCGAGAUAGUAUGGAGACAUUAGUUCAUCUGAUUAUUUCCCAGGAUCAUACUAUUCAUCAACAAGUCAAGAGAAUGAAAGAGCUGGAUCUGGAAAUUGAAAAGUGUGAAGCUAAGUUCCACCUCAACCGGGUAGAAAAUAAUGGAGAAAAUUAUGUCCAGGAUGCAUAUUUGAUGCCCAGUUUCAGUGAAGUUGAGCAAAAACUAAGCUUGGAGUAUGAUGAAAACCAGAUUCUGGAGGACCUGAGAGAAAGUGAUGGAAUUGUACAGCUGGAGGAACGACUAACAUAUUAUAGAAAGCUCAUUGAUAAGCUCUCUGCCGAAAUAGAAAAAGAGGUAAAAAGUAUUUGCACAGAGAUAAAUGAAGAUGCGGAAGGGGCAGCUGCAAGUGAACUUGAAGGCUCUAAUUUAGAAAGUGUUAAGUGUGAUUUGGAGAAAAGCAUGAAAGCUGGUUUGAAAAUCCACUCUUACUUGAGUGGCAUCCAGAAAGAGAUUAAAUACAGUGACUCAUUGCUUCAGAUGAAAGCUAAAGAAUAUGAGCUCCUGGCCAAGGAGUUCAAUUCCCUUCAUAUUAGCAACAAAGAUGAAUGCCAGCUAAAGGAAAACAGAGGAAAGGAAUCUGAGGUCCCUACCAGCAGUGGGGAGGUUCCUCCUUUUACUCAAAGAGUAUUUAACAUGUCUUCAAAUGACACAGACUCGGACACUGGUAUCAGCUCUAACCAUAGUCAGGACUCAGAAACAACUGUAGGAGAUAUGGUGCUGUUGCCAACAUAAUUUGAAUGGCUUCUUUCUGACCUAGCAUAAUGUUGUUCACGUUUGUUUAAUUUAGUAGGAAACUUUAAAUAUUCCAUUCUGCAAAAAAAUGUAAAUCAUGUUAAAGUGUUUGGUAGUUAAUAAAAACUAGAGAAUUUUGUAAGUUUGUUUUUGA